CAGGGGUGGGGCAAGGGAAAGGGCGGUUAGAAAUCACCGGAGAUCCCAGCCUGCCACCGGCAGUGGAGUGGUUCUUCAGCAUUGGGAUCCAGGUGUCAGCUUAUGACUUUAUAUUGUCAGGAUGUCCCUUUCUAAGAAAUUGACUUUAGACAAACUGAAUGUUAUCGGGAAGCGAGUCCUCAUGAGAGUAGACUUUAAUGUUCCCAUGAAGAAGAACCAGAUUACAAACAACCAGAGAAUCAAGGCUUCCCUCCCAAGCAUCAAGUACUGUCUAGAUAACGGAGCCAGGUCAGUAGUUCUCAUGAGCCACCUAGGCCGGCCUGAUGGUGUUCCCAUGCCUGACAAAUAUUCAUUAGAGCCUGUUGCGUCUGAGCUCAAAUCCUUGCUGGGCAAAGAUGUUCUGUUCCUGAAGGACUGUGUAGGCUCAGAAGUGGAGAAAGCCUGUGCCAACCCAGCUAUUGGUUCAGUCAUCCUGCUGGAGAACCUGCGCUUUCAUGUGGAGGAGGAAGGGAAGGGCCAAGAUCCUUCUGGAAAUAAACUUAAAGCUGAGCCAGAAAAAAUAGAAGCCUUCCGGGCUUCACUCUCCAAGCUAGGGGAUGUCUAUGUCAAUGACGCUUUUGGCACAGCACACCGGGCUCACAGUUCUAUGGUGGGAGUGAAUCUGCCCCUGAAGGCAUCUGGAUUCCUGAUGAAGAAGGAGCUGGAUUACUUUGCCAGAGCCUUGGAAAAGCCAGAAAGACCCUUUCUGGCUAUACUUGGUGGAGCUAAAGUGGCAGACAAGAUUCAACUCAUCAAAAAUAUGCUGGACAAGGUCAAUGAGAUGAUUAUUGGUGGUGGAAUGGCUUUCAGCUUCCUUAAGGUACUCAACAACAUGGAGAUUGGUGCUUCCCUGUUUGAUGAAGAGGGAGCCAAAAUUGUCAGAGAUAUCAUGGACAAAGCAGAUAAGAAUGGUGUAAAGAUUACCUUUCCUGUUGAUUUUGUUACUGCUGACAAGUUUGAUGAGAAUGCUAAGGUUGGACAAGCCACUGUAGCAUCUGGCAUACCUGCUGGAUGGAUGGCUUUGGACUGUGGUCCUGAGAGCAACAAGAAAUAUGCUCAAAUUGUGGCUCAAGCAAAGCUAAUUGUUUGGAAUGGACCUUUAGGAGUAUUUGAAUGGGAUGCCUUUGCUAAGGGAACCAAAGCCCUCAUGGAUGAAAUCGUGAAAGCUACUUCCAAGGGCUGCAUCACCAUUAUAGGGGGUGGAGACACAGCUACAUGCUGUGCCAAAUGGAACACAGAAGAUAAAGUCAGCCAUGUGAGCACUGGAGGUGGUGCCAGUCUAGAACUUCUGGAAGGUAAAAUUCUUCCUGGAGUAGAUGCCCUCAGCAACUCGUAGUUGACAGAGUACUCCUUCCUCCUGUUUCCUGUCCGCAGCCUUUAAGUCAGCGCUUUUACAUUUUGACUUGACUCGUGUUAAAAUCUACCCCUAUAUGAAGCCCCAGGUAAUGACCAAGCGGCGGGACAUCAGGAACUCUUAACAUCAGCACAGCAAUUCAAUUCAUUUUACUUCUGUCAUGCAUUUGCCUACUCUCUUCAGGAUCUCAUUUGAACUUCACCGUUGUGCUUCAUAGGAGUAUAUAUUCUUAAGUUGUCUAGUAAAAAAAGUGAGUCGGAUAAGCUGA